GGCUCAUUCCACUAGAACCAAGAUGGCUGAACUCAAUCCUCAUGUGAAUGUCAAGGAGAAGAUCUAUGCGGUCCGCUCCGUUGUUCCCAACAAAAGCAACAACGAGAUCGUCCUGGUGCUGCAGCAGUUCGACUUCAAUGUGGACAAGGCAGUGCAGGCCUUCGUGGACGGCAGUGCAAUUCAAGUUCUAAAAGAAUGGAAUAUGACAGGAAAAAAGAAGAACAAUAAACGAAAAAGAAGCAAGUCCAAGCAGCAUCAAGGCAACAAAGAUGCUAAAGACAAGGCCGAGAGGCCGGAAGCAGGGCCGCCACUCCCACCGCAGGCCCAGAAUGGCCACAGCGGCGGCUGUGAGAAGGAUAGCUCGUCCACCGACUCCGCCAGCGAGAAGCCAGCCCUCCUCCCUCGGGAAAAGAAGAUCUCGAUACUCGAGGAGCCCCCCAAGGCUCUCCAUGGGGUCUCAGAAGGCAACAGACCACUGCAACAGAAACUGUCCUUAGAUGGGAAUCCCAAACCUAUACCCGGAACACCCGAGAGGUCAGAUGGCCUGCAGUGGUCAGCUGAGCAGCCUUGUAACCCAAGCAAGCCUCAUGCCAAAACUUCUCCUGUUAAUUCCAAUGCCCCCGCAGCUCAUCUUGAAAUAAAGCCAGAUGAGCUGACAAAGAAAAGAGGCCCAAAUAUUGAGAAGUCGGUGAAGGACUUGCAACGCUGCACCGUGUCUCUAACCAGGUACCGCGUCAUGAUCAAGGAGGAGGUGGACAGCUCGGUGAAGAAGAUCAAGGCCGCCUUUGCUGAGCUGCACAACUGCAUCAUUGACAAAGAAGUUUCCUUGAUGGCAGAAAUGGACCAAGUCAAAGAAGAAGCCAUGGAGAUCCUGACUGCUCGUCAGAAGAAGGCAGAAGAACUGAAGAGGCUCACUGACCUGGCCAGUCAGAUGGCAGAGAUGCAGCUGGCCGAACUCAGGGCAGAGAUCAAGCACUUUGUCAGCGAACGUAAAUAUGAUGAAGAGCUCGGGAAAGCGGCCCGAUUCUCCUGCGACAUUGAACAGCUCAAGGCCCAGAUCAUGCUCUGCGGGGAAGUGAUUACACAUCCAAAGAACAACUAUUCGUCCAGAGCCCCCUGCAGCUCCCUGCUGCCACUGCUGACCGCGCACUCGGCCUCUGGGAAACAGAGCAACUUCGCCAGGAAGUCCACUCACAAGCCCUCCGAGGGCAAAGCCGCAAACCCCAAAACGGCCGGCAACCAGCCCAGCACCGCGGACAGCGCUCACCAGGCCACGCCGCCCAACAAGCAGACUACGUCUAAUAGCCAAAGACGAAGGUUUAAUCCACAGUAUCACAACCGGCUCAACGCGUCUGCCAAGCCGCAGGGCGGAGGCAAUGAAGCUGACCCGGCGGUGAAGGGCAGCAGCCGCCACGAACACAGGAGACAGCCGCACAACGGCUUCCGCCCCAAAAACAAAGGCGGCGGCGCCAAGAACCCCGAGGCCCCUCUGGGGACAAAGGCCCCGGAGGCCCCUGCCCAUCCGGAAAAGCCCCGGCGGAGGCAGCACGCGGCAGACAGCGCGGAGGCCCGGCCUUUCCGGGGCGGCGUCCCCCGGGUGUCGCAGUGCAACCUCUGCCCCACGAGAAUAGAAGUCUCCACGGAGGCCGCGGUCCUCUCGGUCCCCGCCGUGACCUUGGUGGCCUGAACGGGGAGACAAGAAAGCUCUUCUCCCUCCGUUCUGGCUCCCGGCCCGAGGUGCUGACCCAGUUCGCUGCCAAAAGAGAAUCAAUCAGAAUAGACAGACCCUGUGGGGUGGUGUCGUCCUCUCGUAAUCGUUUUUACUAAUCCUCAUAAUCAGCUCUAGCUUGCUUCAUCCCUCCCAUGGCUUUGCUUGCCCCGUUGAUGCUUUUUCUCAUGGAGACGCUGCAGCAGCCCAGCCGGGCGCUCCCUCCUUGGUUAGGAAGGUGGGCCCGUGGCUACGGGGCUCGAGAGCGAUCAGGGCCCCUCAGGAGCGAUCAGGGCCCAGCAGCAGCCGGCCUAGUAGCAGUGGUGUCAUCCGUCCGUUGCUCGUGGUUAGAGAGUCGCUGUUGAAACCAGUCUUACCGAUCAGACAAACAUGAUCUGCUGAGGACACAUGCGCUUUUGUAGAAUUUAACAUCUGGUGUUUUUCUGAAAUAUAUACAUAUAUAUAUACAUAUAUUGCUUUAUUUGAAACAAAUUAAAAUAUGCUGCAUUUGA